AUGAUACCUCUCCAGGCUCCAUCGGUAAUAUUGCUGCUGAUAGCCACACAUGCGCAAUAUGUACACGGUAACCCUGCACGAGACCUUGUGCAAGCUCCUCCUGCUCCAUCGACCUGCGGUCCAACAAUCGCAACUGUGGGCCGGGUAACGACAAUCACCAUUGAGAGCAUUAUAACGCUCACGCAUUCAUGUUACACGCAAACACUGACAACCAAGCCCCUUGCUGGGACUAGUGGAUGUCCCACCCUAACAAAAUGCGGACCUCACCCAGACUGCAUCAUCAUCUCAACACAAACUGUCAAAUUCCCAUCUGCAGACGCCUGCUGCACGUCAACACCAACAUCCCUUGUACCCGGUCCAUGUCCCACCUGCCAAACAGGCUGUGAUGUCUCUGUCACCACCGCAUACAUCACCGAAAGUCCCGUUCUACCAACCGGAGUUGUUACUCUCGGUCUCAAUGAGCGUGCUGCAGAACCAAAAGCAGAAGCAGAAGCUCAAGCAGCACCAUCCUGCUACACGACCGUGAUCAACACCGAUCCAAUACCGACAGGUGCAACGCAGACUGUGUAUCCCGCAACCACGACGAAGACUUCGCUGCUGGAUUGUAAGGGCUGUGGGAUUGUGACAAAGUUUCUGAAUGGAUUUGGUCCGGCGAGUCAGUUCAAGGGGACCACGACGGCGGUAGGAAAGACUACUACUGUGCUGGCUUAUGCGUGUAUAUGA